UGUUGAUAAGAUAAAAAUUCACAAAACCGAAUCAAGUCACUCAGAGUCAGAGAGGUCCUCCAAUGGCUACAGCUUCCUUCACUUGCUCACUUCCUUUUGCUCCACUAACAAAAUCCCUCAGACCCACUCGUUCCCCACCAAUUCUCCGCUCAGCCUAUGGAACGAGAACCGUACUAAUCACGUCCAUGGCGGUUCAAGAAGAUGACAAGAGAACCAACGAAGGAGCAAUGAGCAUUGACAAUUUACGCGGUUUUGUCGAUCUCAAUGUCGGAAAAUGGACUGGCUCCUUUCAUCAAUUUGAUGGGAAUGGGACUUUGUUGCAUAAGAUUGAUACGCGUCUUUCAGCUAGUUCUUAUGGAGAAGAUGAGCUCCUUAGCCUUAACCAAUCGUUAUAUAUAAAGCAGCCUACAUCAGCUACUUCAGUUUCCGAAGAGGAUGAGGAGGAAGCGGAAUGGGUAGAAUACAAAAUUAAAGAAACCAAUAUGUUUACCGUGGACAAAUAUCAGCAGAUUGGAUUUUUCCACAAGGAGAGAGCGUUUUCACUGAGGUAUCAAACCGCUGGAAUGUUGGAUACAACGUUAAGGCAAGGCGUUCUCGGGGAAGAUGACACUGGAGAAGAAUCACCAAGAAAUCUUAAACUUCCAUCUCGGCGUCCUGCUUUAGUAUGUGAGAACUGCUUGUAUUCUACAAAGAUGGAUAGAAGGGCUAGAGCAUUUCACAUCAUGGAUCCCAAAGGUGUUCUUGAAAUGCUUAUUGUUUUCCUUGAGGAAAGAGGGCUAAAUAAUCUCACUCAUCCAGUCCUCGAUAACUCUCAGGAGGAUGCAGAUAGGAUUACCCCAUUUCUUGGUGCUUGGAAAGGUCGUUCAGUAACAAAACGAAGUGGUGUCUAUGGAGCAACACUAUCUGAAGCCGAUACUGUUGCUGUUCUUGAAAUGAAUGACAAUGGUCAUGUGGUCCAGGAUAUCACGUCGACAUCAGAUGCUAAAAAAGUGACAACUAACGUACACUGGGAGGGUGAACUGACUAAAAACGUGGUUACAUUCGCGGAAGGAUACCAAAUGACUCUGUUACCAGGAGGUUUGUACAUGGGAUGUCCUUGUGACGUAGCAAAAAGUGUUGCUGAGUUAAAGUCUUUUCACUUAGAAUUCUGCUGGCUUGAAUCCCCGACCUCAAGACAGAGACUAGUCCGCACAUAUGACCAUGAGGGUUUGGCUGUCUCAUCAACUUAUUUUUCCGAGACGAAAAUGUGAGAGCCAGACGUAUGAUAUCAUUCAUGUUACUGUACUAUUCUAUAUCUAUGUAACUUUGCAAAUAUACUUUUUUUCAGCUCACAUCAUUUCACUUUU